AUGUUGAUGGUCUCGUGUCGAAAGACUCGAAACAGAGUAAUUAACGUGAGAUUCGUCGUGGAAUUUUGGUUAAGUGCCUUCCAGAUGACCAACAAUCGAUCCAAUCCUCCUGAAUCGUUGUUGUACCGGAUGUUGUGGAAGCAGGUAAAUACUGUCCGGGAUUGUCCUCCAAGAAGUCAACCUAACUUGGUCAGGUAUCAUACGCGAAACCAACAUCCAAGAUGUCUGGAGAUUAUAUAUUCUGUGGUUAUUGGAUCAGGUGCGCUUGCAUGGCGGUUCGCGCUCCGCGUAACGGCUCAACAAAUUGACAAAACGAUUGGCUACACGGCAAGCAUCAAAUCAAACUUGAACUUUGUGAAGCACUUCUAUUCAUGGAAUUUAGAAGCAGCUUACGUGUAUACUUGCAAUUUGCACUCGAAUUGGAAUGAGUGCCCAACUGCUAUUGCCUAUGGGAGGUUGGUGGUUCGAUUCCACCUGGAUCCGCCUACACAUAGAAAUAAUGCUUAUAAGGUUUCAUUGACGAUGGCAUGGACUGGAUUCAUUCGCCUUCACGCCACCGUUGAGAUGGUGCAGUAG